AUGCUCGACGAUAGUCUGCUUCUAGCUCAAAGCGGAUGUAUACACUACGAUAGUCUCGAGCUCCGAUGGAGACUCGACCUUGGAAAUUUCCAGGUGCCAAGUAAAUCCUCUCUAUGUCACCUAUGGUUGGUCGUUUCAUAGUGAAACAACCAACUAAAGUAUGUCGGAAUGCGGCUGCCAUCUGUGAGACCUCUUCAUGAGUAAAAGCUAUGAUCCUCAUCCCAUCAUCCUUGCUAUAGCCUCGCACUGGGACAGUGGUAUUAUAGAAUGGGAAUAGUAUCUGAUGCAUUGGUCCAUGUGGCGUGACAGUCUCUAUGGAGGGGAUAGAGGGUCUAGACACUUGUUGCACUUAUGAUAGGUGUCCAGUGGGCAUAGUCGGGUUUGGCCUAUGGGGCACAAUAGUGUCCAGCCCACUAGGUGUAGAUAUAAUGUGCCCAAGGGAUGUGUUCAGGGCCAGUAUAGAGGUCUCAAUUAGUGCUGGGAUCCUAGCUAGUUCGAGGGGCCCAGUGUGGGAGAGCCUAGGGGGCCCUAUAGGUAGGGGUAAAAUUGGCCCAAUCUGUUGACUCGGGGCAGGCCUAGAGGACAUGGCCGAGGGUGGGCGUAAAGGUCGGCGUCCUAUCCUCUUUUUGGGCCACAGGCUCUUGCCCCUAGACUUCUUCAAGAUAAGUCUAUUAGGGUCACCAUGGAUCGGUCCAAGACUAUCCUGGGUGAGCCCAUCUGGGCCUCCUUUGGUGGGCCCAUUUGGCUCCUUUGGGCCACCCAGUUCAAGCUCCUUUGGGCCUCCUUUAGUAGGCACAGGUGGCGUACCUUGAGUAGGCUCAAGUGUGCCUUGGGUGGGCCCAUUUGGGCCACCCAGCUCAGGCCCCUUUGGGCUUCCCUCAGUGAGCCCAAAUGAGUUGCCUUGGGUAGACCUAGGGUUUGGGCCUACUUGGGCAAGAGCUUGGACCGGUGCAGCCUGAGCCGGCUGCUUAGGCUCGGCCUGGGCCACCUGGGCCUGGGCCGGUGCGUCCUGAGCCGGCGCAGCCUCGAUGGGCUGGGCCGGCAUGGCCUGGGCUAG